GAACUCCAAAAAAAAAAAUUAACGAGAAAAGUCCGGUCCGGUUUGUUGAUGAAAAAGAGAAUUCAAUAAUCAAUUUUAAUUUUUAAUAAAGCUAUAGAAAACAACAAUGGCCUUUAGUGAAGGUGAAGCUUGUAGAAUUUGUUUAAGCGUUAAUAUACGCAUGUUUGCACUAAAGGAGACUGGCCUCCAAAAUUUGUAUAAAACAUUGACGAACAGUUUUUCCAUACCAAAACCGCAUAAGGUUAGAGAUGAGAUUAAAUUCACACCAAUUUAUCAUAUAGAUAUCUGGCCUGUAGAGUGUGAUAUAGAAAAUGAUUGCAAGGACGAAAUUUUUUGCCUUGAUGCCGUUAAAGUUGAGGAAGAGAUUUUCGAAUAUGAGAAUUCCAAAUUGGAAGUAAAUGAGAAUCAUGAAACAGAACCCUACAUCACACCGACAAAUAAUUUUUCAAAACUGUCUGAGAGGAAGAUUAAAUCAAAUUCUACUGAUUGUAACAUAAACGAUGUUCGUAAAGGAAACCUCGAUUUAGAAAGCCCUACUAUUAAAUCAAAGCCUGAAGUCAAAAAAGAUAAUCCCCCAAUUAAUAAAAAAGGAAAGCAUCCUGCAAAGAUUAUGAAAAAGAAAAUUCUGAAACAAAAGAGUGUAAAUAUACUUACGAAAAAAACGUCAGGGGCAUCAACAAAAAACAUUCUCGCCAAACACAUUUCAUACAAUCAUAAGACGCAAAAGAACUCAGAAGUUGAACAAACUCCAGUACCACAACUAAUGGAAACAUUUAAUUGUGAUAUUUGUGAAUUUAAAACAUCUCAAAAACGUCGCAUUUUGGCACAUCUUAACGUGCACGUCACUGAACAAGUGUACUGUUGUAAUAAUUGUGAUUAUAAAUGUAUUAAAAAAGAUCGUUUGCAGAGACAUAUGAAAAUACAUACUGGAGAAAAACCUUUUUCAUGUCAUAUCUGUAAAUAUCAAUGUAUUCGAAAAAGUAAUUUGCAUUCACAUAUGAAAAUACAUACUGGAGAAAAACCUUUUUCGUGUCAUAUCUGUAAAUAUAAAUGUAUUACAAAAAGUUAUUUGCAAAAGCAUAUGAAAAUACAUACUGGAGACAAACCUUUUUCGUGUCAUAUCUGUAAAUAUAAAUGUAUUACAAAAAGUGAUUUGCAAAAGCAUAUGAGAAUACAUACUGGAGACAAACCUUUUUCGUGUCAUAUCUGUAAAUAUAAAUGUAUUACAAAAAGUGAUUUGCAAAAGCAUAUGAGAAUACAUACUGGAGAAAAACCUUUUUCAUGUCAUAUCUGUAAAUAUCAAUGUAUUCGAAAAAGUAAUUUGCAUUCACAUAUGAAAAUACAUACUGGAGAAAAACCUUUUUCGUGUCAUAUCUGUAAAUAUAAAUGUAUUACAAAAAGUUAUUUGCAAAAGCAUAUGAAAAUACAUACUGGAGACAAACCUUUUUCGUGUCAUAUCUGUAAAUAUAAAUGUAUUACAAAAAGUGAUUUGCAAAAGCAUAUGAGAAUACAUACUGGAGAAAAACCUUUUUCAUGUAAUAUCUGUGAAUAUAAAUGUAUUCAAAAAAGUAAUUUGCAAAGGCAUAUGAAAACACACACUUGAGCAGAACCUUUUUCGUGAGAGAUCUGGUAAAAUAUGUACAAUAUUAUGUAAACGUUUUGUAAACAUAUAAAAGUAUAUGAGAUAAAAAUCCAUUUGUCAUGAAUUUCUUAUGUAACUAUAGAACGAGUAGAAAAACCUUUCCGUGUCUUAUGUGCUACUUGAAACUGUAUUUACUCUGAAGAAGUUAAUUCAAAAACCAAAGAAACAACCAAAUGAAAUCGAACCUUGAAAUAUGUUCCGAGUGGUUCAUAUUCAUUCAACACCUUCAUGUUUUUUUUUUUAAUUUAAAUGAUACUAGUUUAUGUUUUACUUUUUUCGUUUCGAUGUUUAUCGUUACCGUUACAGCCUAUUAAAGCCUAUGUUCAGCACUCGACUUUAAUAGGCUCUCUAACAAGAACAAUAAACGACGAAACAAAAAAAGAAAACAUUAUCCAUCAUUUAAAUUUAAAAAAAAACAUGGUCUCGUCUGUUUCCACUAACCUCCCAUUUGUUUCAUAUUUUAAAGUUCAAUUUUUUUUGUUUUUGAAUUAGCUUCUUCAUAAUAAAUGCAGUUUCAAUUAGCACACAGGGCACGGAAAGGUUUUUUUACUCGAUCUAUUAUUCCGUACAAGAUGGCUUUUGUAGUCGAGUUAUUAAUACAUUUCAUAUUUACACUGUAAAAUGUCCAGACUGAAUUCGGAGUGAAACUGAAACAUUAAACUCCUGCCGUGGCAGCUAACUAUAAAUUAAAGUGAAAGAUAUUUACAUC